AUGGUGGCCCUCAAGACCUUCUGCAAUAAGCGAUUCAAUACUAGUUCCGCCGGACUUUCACCCUCUUCAACAGGUGCUUCCAUAUUAUCCCUCCUUAUAGGAACAACUCUUGGGGCAAUCAAAUCCCGAAGAAGUGUGUCCUCAUCAGCUGUCUCCGCCGGAUUGGAGCUCAAGCUCUCGCCAACAUUACCCCUUGCCUAUGGUAUCUGCGGCAUUGCUAACUCCCCGGUGUGUGGGUGUCUUGAUAAAUUUGUUCCAAGGUACCCAAAAGAUUGGGACACAGCAGAUUGGUCAAGUGGGUGUGUUCGAAAAACAGCCUUGGAUUGCCACAAUGAAUCAUCAAAUGGAUUUAUCAAGUAUUCCGGUCUUAAAUUGCCUGACACGCAGAAUUCCUGGGUGCUCACUGAAACUGGACAAGAUAUUUAUAUAAGAAUGGCCUCAUCUGAGUUAGUCUCCGAAGUUGACUCCAAAUCCAAUAGGAAGAUGCGAAAGAAAGUCACAGUCAUCUUGGCGUUACUAGCAGGAGUGUUAUUGCUGGGCCUAACCUUUGCCUUUUAUGUACGGAAGAAGCAUCAAGAGCAAAAAUUAAAUAGAGAAAGUUUGGAUCGCGGCUUGGAACAAUGCCACACUAAUGAAAGCCACAAGGAAGAUCUAGAGUUACCAAUGUUUGACUUAUCAACAAUAGCUGAUGCUACCAAUAACUUCUCAAUCAACAAUAAACUUGGAGAGGUUGGAUUUGGACCUGUUUACAAGGGUAUGCUGGAAGAGGGAAAGGAAAUAGCAGUGAAGCGGCUGUCAAAAUAUUCCACACAAGGAAUUGAUGAGUUCAAGAAUGAAAUUAUCUUUAUAGCAAAGCUCCAACAUCGAAAUCUUGUGAAGCUUCUAGGUUGCUGCUUUCAAGGAGAAGAAACGAUAUUGAUCUAUGAAUACAUGCCUAACAAAAGCUUGGAUUUAUUUAUUUUUGAUCAAACCCGAAGCAAAUUACUUGAUUGGCCUAAGCGCUUUGAAAUUAUCAAUGGCAUUGCCCGGGGACUUCUUUAUCUUCAUCAAGAUUCCCGACUGAGAAUCAUCCAUAGAGAUCUCAAAGCUAGCAAUAUUUUGCUAGAUGUUAACAUGAUCCCUAAAAUAUCGGACUUUGGUGUGGCUAGAAGUUUUGGAGAAAAUGAGACUGGAGCAACUACAAAAAGAGUGGUUGGAACACACGGCUACAUGUCCCCGGAGUAUGCAAUAGAUGGGAUUUUUUCUAUAAAAUCAGAUAUAUUUAGUUUCGGAAUUUUGGUGCUGGAGAUAGUGAGUGGAAAGAGGAACAGAGGUUUUUUUCAUCCUAAACACCACCUUAACCUUCUUGGGCAUGCAUGGAGACUUUUCAAGGAAGGCAGGUCCUUGGAACUGAUAGAUGCACCUCUAGGAGAAGACUCAUGCUGUUUAUCCCAAGUUCUACGAUCGAUCCAUAUUGCUUUAUUAUGUGUGCAACAAUCUCUAGAAGAUAGGCCAAACAUGUCAUUUGUGGUUAUGAUGCUGGGUAGCGAGGGUGCAUUGCUUCAGCCUAAACAACCUGGUUUUUACACUGAAAGAACUUUUCCUGAAAUCGAUUAUUAUUUGUCAAGCAAGCAUACAACAAGUUCAGUCAAUGAAAUCACCAUGACAAUAUUAGAGGCUCGAUAAAAAAUAAAAAAUAAAAAAAUAAAAAAAAACACAA